UUUGUAAGUGGUAACAUUUAGAAGACGCUCGUACGAUCCCAUAGAAUCGUAGUCUAUUUUACCUUUUCCCUCCAUUCCAUUUUUCGUGUCAGCGAUAUUUGUAUUUAGCUUGUUUACGUCGCGCAUUUGGUUAUCUAAAACUCGCUAAGUAUAAAGGACAAUUCACGAUGAGAAAAGUUUCAAAAAAUCGUACCGAUGAUGAUAUAAUAUCGUCAACAAAUGGUUCUGGAUCUGUGCAUAAUGAAGAAAAUCAAGAUUUAGAGCAAUCGGUUGAAAAUAAUGAGAAAGAAUCUGUUUCGCGCAAUGAUGAUAAAAGUGCCAAUGACGCUUCCAAUGAAGAGAAAAAGCCUGAUAGUUCUAAAAAAGGGAAAUCAAAAAAAACCAAGUCCAAAAAAAAGAAAGCUAUUAAAACAAAAAAAGCGGAAGAGGAUGAAGAAGAGUAUGAGGUAGAAGAGGUGAUUGACUCUAAAAGGAUUAGAGGGAAGUUGCACUAUCUUAUCAGGUGGAAGGGAUAUUCUGCUGAUAAUGAUACAUGGGAGCCAGAAAACACUCUUUCUUGCCCUGAGUUAAUUAACAAGUUCAAUGAAGAAAAAGAAAAUUCAAAGGAUGAAGAAGCUAAAACUCUCCGUGGAAGAAAAGGUCUUAAGCGUAAAUCAAACAACAAGCAAAAAACAUCACCAAAGAAAACAAAAAAAAAACAAUGGGACAGUGAAGAAGCUGAUGAAGAGGCAGAAUAUGAGGUUGAACGUAUUUUGGAAGUUCACCAUAAAAAAUCUGGUGAAAGGGAUUUCCUUAUACACUGGAAGGGAUGGGCCAGUAAAUUUGAUUCGUGGGAACCUGAAAGCAACCUAAAUUGUCCUGAAUUAAUCAAGAAAUUUAUGACAAAAGUGGAUAAGGCUCGUUCAUCAGAAUCUCGUAGCUUGAGAGUGGCGCCGGAGACAACCAACCGGUUCACUCUACAAGCUCCAAGCUCCGGUCGCCGUUUGAGCAAAAGAAAGAAUCAACGCCAGCGGGUUCGUUAUGAUAAUGCUGAGUAAACUUUUACUGAUUCUACACAAAGUUGUAGCAGAUUUUUUUAUCUAUAAAUAUAUUUAGUUUAUAUUUUUAGUACUUGUGUGCUAUAUAUUGUAAGAUUUCUAAAGAAUAUAACAAUGUUUGUAAGAGUAACUUUAUGACAUGGUUUACUUUAGGAUAAAAUUACUAAAAUAAUAUGCAAUUAUUGUUAAUCCUUCAUUGUAUAAUCAAUAUGAGAGUAGAACUUGAUGUGCGGUUGAGCAAUUGUACCAACUGUAUUUACCUUGUUAUUUUACCAUCUGUGUUUAAAGUGGUUUUUUUGUUAUUUUGUUGUUCGUCAAAUUUGAGUCAUACUGUGAAGAAGCAAUAUGUUGUAUCGUUUUCUGUGUUCUGCGCACCGACUCGCGCGAUGUUCCGAUAUGUUAAAAUAGUCUUAUCACAUUCAGAAAUUGCGAAAGUAAAUUUUAAAUAAAUAAAAUAUAACAUAACUAAAAUUCAACCUUGUUUGCGCAUGCUUUUAAUUUAUGUUCGUGGUAUGUUUUGUAUAUAAUUUUAUGCGUGGUUCAUACAUAACCAGUACAGUUAGACAGUUGCGACCAGCCAUAGAUUGUUUGGACUCACUCGUGCCAGUUAGCGUUCACACUGUGCCAGCUGAUUGCCGGUCCAGUUAUUGAGCGUUACUGGCCAACUGUGUGACCAAAUGCAAACCGUGCAAUAACGCUAGUUACAUUGUUCGUAAUAAAUAUAUAGUAUGAAUGUUGUAAAAAUACAUUUGUAUGUAGCUAAACCAUUAUUGAAUGUUUAUACAUUUAUAGUUUCUUUUCACUGCAAAAAUAAAUUUUUGUUUGAUAAAAAACUAAUGUUAUAUUUUAAAAUAAUUAAGUAAUCGAUGUAAAAGACAAUUUUUUAAUAGAAGCUUCAUACAAAUUGAAUUUAUAAAACUAUUUUGUUAACAAAUAUUUCUUUGUCCUUAAUAUGAUGAAAGUAAUGAGAAGAAAAUUAUUUACAAGUAGAUUAUCAUCAUUAGGUAUUGUAAAGGGAAUGGAGAUGUAGUUUUAUAAGAGCACUAAACUUAGUAGUUUGUAUUGCUUCACUGUAAGUACAGAUAGAUUAAGGGUUAUAUGUAAAUUUUCAUAUUCAUGAAGUUUAAGAAAAGAUUAAAAUUAAAAUCCCUACUCUACGUUAAAUUUCUGUUAGAUGUAAAAGUAAAGUUUUGAUUAAACUAUAUACAUUAUGGGUGUACAUUUUUUAUCCUGGUUUUCCUUUGGCUACAAUACUAGUUUGUUGGAAAUACUUCUGAUCAAUAAAAUGUUGAUACUACUAGCACAUAUCUCACUGACCAACCUAUUAUCGAUAUAAUCUGUCGCUCAUCACUAUUUAAAAGAAUAUGAGAAAAG